AUGGAAUCAUUAAGUGGAGAUCUUCAUUUGGCUAGGAGAAACUUUAUGCAUGGAGUUUUGGAGAAUCGAAAUGAGAGGUUUUGUCCUCCGGGAUUCGAAGACAUAAAAAUUGCGCCUCUGAGUAUCAUCUACAAAGGAAAACUUGCGGUUUUCGAUGUCCGAAGUUACAAGGUGGGUGGAAUUCUAAAGUUUGCAGAAUCGUCAAAACAACAAACCUUAAGCCAAGAUGUACCAUUGACAACGAGAAAAUCCUCAGUUAGAUUCUUGGAGAAGCGACAAGAGAGGAUGACUAUGGUGUCACCUUAUGGUUUUCCCCAUGCUGCCCCUGAAAACAAGAAAUAGAAGAAGAUGUUAGUGGUAUACAUAUAUCAUAUAUGAAUGUUAAUGGAAAAUAUUUAUUUUGAGGAUUUGGUUAUUAUUUUACUAGAGUUUAUUAUGUUGCUAAGAUGUU